CAGAGGUGAGUUCAGAGUUCACUAGACGGAUUAUGAUGGCGUUAGAGCUCUCACGGCAACCAUUUUUCUUAAAAUCUCCAGCUUUAGCUGAGAUAAUAAAGCACAGCAGGAUUGUAGGUUAGUGUGAGAAGUGAGCGUAUGUUACUAGUACUAGUAACGUUAUAGUAUGAAGAGACGAAGCUUACAUCGGAUAGAAUCAUCAGAAUCCGAAGAAGAAUCGGCACCCGGAAGCGAAAGUGCUGAUGAGAAGCGGAGCUCAGCUCGUCUGAAGACCAGAGCAAACCGCCAGUUCCGGCUCCCCAGCAGGGAUGAGGUGUUCGGCCGCAUCGUUCCACAGGACAGCAAAGAGACGCCCAGCAAAAGUCUGGCCGAGCUCAGGCCAAGGAAGCUUGUCAACAACUUCCUAAAAGUGAACAACAGAUACAACUACGACCCAGACUACACAGACUCGGACUCUUCCCUGGGUGGUUUCUUAGUUGACGAGGAUGAGAAGGAGGAGGAAAAGAACUCAACUAGUGAUGGGGAAGACAAUUCAAGCAGUCAGACAAGUUCAUCAUCCUCCGAGGAGGAAGAAAGUCACAAACACAAACAGAGGUCACGGGGAAAGCAGAAGUCACGUGACCUCAGAAAGAGGAAACUAUUUGCUGAAGAAACAGAUAGUGAGGCUGGUGAUCAUGAGGAGGAGGAAGAAGUGUGCAGGACAACAAAGAGGAGAAGAAGGCGACAGUCAUCUUUCCUUGAUGACAGUAGUUCAAGUGAAGAUCUAGCUGAAGGAGGGAGGAAAAAAUCAGACAGAGUGAAGUCACUGAAAAGAAAGAAAAGAGAGCAAAACUUUUUUGAAGAGUACAGGGUAAAGAGAGCUCUCCGAAAGGCAAAAGUAAAGGAUUAAUGGCAAUUACAAUGAUGACAAUUAAGUUUAUUGCACAUUCAUGCCCCAUCGAGGCUAAAUUCAGUAAGCUGUACACGCAGAGAAUGACAGGGUUAUGCCUUACCCUUACUUAUAAGUAUAUUUUACAUGCUUCUUGUCUCUUCUUACAAUUUUACAGAAUUUACAGAGUUCUUCCAAUACAUCGAAGUUAGAUGAUGGCAUUAGAUAUUUCAACAAUCUUUCUUUGUUUAGGUAUGCGAGAUGAACUGAAAACCUCUAUUCAAGUCUGUAUCUUCAUUUGUAUUUCCAUUACUAUAAUUAAGUAGACUAGCUAUUGACACGUCAUAAAAGCUUAUUUGAUUACCAUUCCAGCUUACGGUCCAUGAUUUAUUUUACGUUUGAAAGAAAUACAUAGUGUUGAAUGUAAAACAAAACCAUAUCAAUGUUGCAGAUAUGCAGAAAUGUGAUAAAUUCCUAAUCCUUGGACCGUUUCCACAAUGCUGAACUUAUGAUCAAAGAAUGGGCUUUAACAAAAAUGUCAUGUUUGCAUGUUUGCAAAUUGUAUCACGGUCUUUAAGUUCCUCCAAUAAAAGCAAGAACAUCAA